GCUAAAUUUUUCAUUUUCAUUCAGAUUUAGAUUUACAAGUAGCUUGACACAGCUUUUUUACUUUGCCAGACGGUGUAGAAAGCUUGCUGGAGCACCAGCUUGUUGACGACAGCUUUCCCUGGUAGCAGCAGCGGCGUUGAAGUUUUUGUCGUGCAUUUCAGUCCGGGGUGCAUAUAAAAACAUCUUUUAGACAAGGAGCCCAGUCGAAUAAAAAUUAAAACCAUGUCUGGAUUACCUCGUGUGGAUAUUGACAAGCCAAAGUUUGAUCAGAGCACCUAUAUUGGGCGUGCUAAGCAUUUUUUUUUGGUCACCAACCCUCUGAACUUAUUCGCCACCGAUGAGCAGCUGCAGAGGGCUCGUGAAAUAGUCACCAAGUAUCGCUCCAACCAACCAUUGCCUAGUGGCAUAACUCUCGACGAGGUGUGGAAGGCCAAGUAUCUAUAUGACUCGGCGCAUCAUCCAGAGACGGGUGAGAAGCAGAUCAUCGUGGGACGGAUGUCGGCUCAGAUGCCUAUGAACACGUUUAUAACUGCCGGCAUGAUGACCUUCUAUAAAACCACACGCGCUGUUAUCUUCUGGCAGUGGUUCAAUCAAACAUUUAACGCCAUUGUCAACUAUACAAACCGUUCGGGCACUUCUCCAAUUAGUCAAUCACAACUGCUUACCUCCUACUGCCUAGCAACGGGCGGUGCUUUGGCUACAGCACUCUCGCUCAACCGGGCCACCAAAAAUAUGAGCCCUAUUUUCGGGCGCUUGGUGCCACUGGUCGCAGUGGCAGCCGCAAAUUGCAUCAAUAUCCCUUGUAUGCGAAUGCAGGAGCUACGCAAUGGAGUCGUUCUUUUGGAUGAAAAGAACAAGGAAGUAGGAAUUUCGAAAAAGGCCGCCAUGGUUGGAAUUUCAGCUGUUGUGAUCAGUCGAAUUUCUAUGGCUAUUCCUGGAAUGACAAUGACGCCCCUAUUGAUGAACAAAUUGGAGAAGAAUGGUUUUUUGAAGAAAUACCCCAGAUCCAAUGCCCCAAUUCAGACGGUCUUCUGUGGCUUUAUUCUGAUCUUUGCCACACCCUUGGGCUGUGCGUUCUUCAGUCAGCGUGCUGCUAUCAAAGUGGAUAGGCUCGAAUCAGAAGUACGUGACCGGAUAAAGAAAGAGCGUCCUGACUUGGAUACAGUUUGGUAUAACAAAGGCUUGUAG